CCCGCCCGGAGCCCCGCGUGGGUCGGGCCGCGGCUCGCCGGAGCGCGCGGGGAGAGGGGACCGGUCCUCCCGGGAGCGCGCGCCGCUUCCCGCCCCGCCUGGCGCGCCCGGGCGCCGUCUCGGCGUGGGAGGGGGAGUGUACACUGGCUCCCGGUGGAGAUGAAGCUGGAAACGCGAAGAUUUUCCUUUUUUUUCGUAACGAGGGCAUAGGCUUACUUUUCGUGUUGACUUAGGGAAGCACGUGCACUCCAGGCUGCCUUCUCAUUUUCCCUGUCACCAUUAAGUGAUGCGUGGCUGAGGGUAUCGAAGUGCUUUAAAAACUGGAUGUGCCCAGGAUGCUGUGGUCUUGUCGGCUUAAGUGACUUUUCGGAUAUUUAAAAUUUGUGUGUGUGCAAGGACUUGCACAAUUCUAGCAUGAGACAGGUAAUGAAUUUAUGUAGGAUUUCAGCGUCAGUAGUGAAGUAAUCAGAUUUUAGUGGUUGGCGCAGCCUUGCAAAUACAUGGGCACGCGUUCACGAGCUUGAGGUCUUAACUAUUCAUUUUGAGUGAGUUCUCUAGGGUCAGCUGACUGCUGAUUAUAAUUCAUACCAGACCAUGUAGAGGUUGUGUCCUUAAUUGAUAAGCAGAGAUUAGACCUAGCAUUUAACAUUCUACCCCAUAGCAACUUUUUCUCUGCUUCUUUGUGGAUCAUUCUGUUAAAAUUAAGCUCAUCUCUGUCUAGAUGAAGAGCAUUGCUUGGUACAUAACAUAAAAGCUUUAUUUCUAGUAGUAAGACAUAUUAGCUUCUAUGUGUAUAAUGUAUACAUAAUCACAUACGUGAUUUUAUAAGUGUUUAGUAUGAUUACAAAGUCGGAAAGUUAGGAACAUUAAUAAUGGACAGCGUUGAGUACUGAUUGCUUGCCAGGCCUGUGCCAAGUGAUCGUCACACUUUAUCUCAUCUAAUCUUCUGGAUAACAUUUUGCGUAAACUGAGGUUGCUCAGAAAUACUUGAGUACACGAGUUUGAUGUGAAAGUGUCCAAAUGUGGAGUAUGUACGUUAAUUGCUUCUGUUUUUGUUUUUUGUAAAAUAAGGAUGUUGGCAAUUAAAGUGACUCAUAGAGUAAAUGAAUAUGAUUUUCAAGUUGGAAGAUGGCUUUACAAUUGAAUUGAACUGCAGUUAGUCCCUUUGUUGGGGUAUUCAAUAGUUUCCAAAGCCCUGUGUCUCUUCUUUAUCAAAGUUCCCAUUACAUGUCAUUGUCACCCAAUGAACAGGCUAUGCUUGGAUGUUGGAAAAAAGGAAAUGUUGGGAAAGCCUUAAUGGCCCUUUCCGAAAGGUCCCCUCUUUCCAUAUUUAAUCUCUAAGUGACAUUCCUAAUUAAGGGUUAACAAAUGACAGUCAAACAGGAAGGGCGAUUUUCCAGUACCAAACCAGGGAAAUAAAAAACUGUGGGUUGGCUGUUACUUUGUGGGUGAGUGGAACAUUCACGAAUAUGUGAAUGUCAACAAUGUUAUGUGAUCUACGUUGUAGAGGUUCUACCUCAUUUUUCAGUUUGCCUUUAAAUGUAUUAAACAUAUUCCAGUCCAGUACUUUGUGCAUUAAGAAGUUAAGUUUUUGACUGGAUUUAGUUGAGUAGUUUUGACUUCCUUAUCAAGAAGUUUAUUCUGACUGUGUUUCCAUAGAUGCAGUUUAAUGAUUUGUGUAGGCAUAAAAUGACGAGAAUCACGGUGGGAUACAACAGGUUGCAUCUCGUGAGAGUAGAAGCAGGUAAAAGGCCAGCAGAGGAUAAGGGAAGCACUUGGAAACGUCUUAUUUGUGAUUAGAACAUAUUGGACUUAAGUCGUCUUCAGAUAGUGGUCCGUCAUCGGAGAGCAAAGGGGUGAGAAUGGCUUGUCAGUCGAUAUUUUUAAGGGUUCCUUUACCUGAAGGUUUUCUCUGCUGGGAGGGCCUGAGUGGAAGGAUGAAGAAAAGGAUGCGUGUGUCAGUAUUUCCACCCAUCGUGACUAACUCAUUCCUGCCACCACAUGCAUCUUCAGGCACUUUCCUAGGAGAUAUUUGAUAUAUGUGGGCAGCCACUAGUAGACGAAGUAAAGAAGGGAAAAGGGCGGAGGAAGCAAAGCCCAAGGCUUUAAUGAACAGACUUUCAUUUGGGCAAAAUUGAGCAACUGGGCCUCCACGCCUCUGUUAUGAAAACCGUUCCAGGAAUACUGAUUGUGUGUGUCUGUAAGAUUCCUAUCUGUUACUUGUAUCCAGAAACAUGGAGGAUAUCUCUUUAAUGUGCUUCAUAAACAGUGGAGCAUAUUCAGAACACAGUACCUGAUGAGUUAUUAAUUUCUGUACGUUUGCCAUUGUUGGAAGCCAGAGUGACCGUAGGGCCAGCACUGACUGCUGUUUCUGAGGCUUUUAAGUGAUGCCGUGUUUCAUCGGAUUGGAGACAGACCCUUCUUCCUUCCUUCAGAACUCGGCUCUCGCGUGGAGUGAGUGUCUUUUCAGGACCCGGGGGGGCAGGGACCUUUUCUGGGUCCCUCCUGGCCAUAUCCCCAGAGCCAAGGACAGAGUCGGCCUAUGGAAGGUGUGCAGUAAAUAUUUGUAGGAUAAGCAGAUACAUUGGAAUCCUCUCUAUUCUCGCCUCUCGUGGAAAUCCCACUCACCUCUUGGGGCACGUCCACUGCGGGCACGCCUCUCAGACUCCCAGCUCACAACGAGCCCUUUGAAUGGUAGCUGUUUAAACCACAUACUUCAGCAUUUAAUCUUUUAUGGCUUUAUAUUGUUGCAUGAGUGUUUCCUGUGUUUUCUUUGCCCACUCCAAAUACAGGCUGCUCGAGGGCAGGGAAUAUAUGUUUAUACAAGUCUGUGUUUGAGAACUUCCUUGUCCAUCCAGUAUAAUAAUCUAUAGCAAGUAGAUUUAUUUUUAGCUGCUGAGGAAUAUUAGGUGCCAUGGAGGAAACAUCAGAAAUAUUCAAAAUGUGGUCCCAGUCCUCGAGUAGGUAGUAUUUUAGUUGGGCAAACAUUGUAUACACACAUGGAAGAAUGCAAGAAUUUGGAGUUACAUAAAGCAAAUAAUAACAGCUAACAUUGAUGUAGUGCUUAAAAUGUGCUUUUACUUGUAAAUUUAUUUGACUCACUACAAUCCUUUGAUGUAGGUACAGUUAUAAUCCCAGUUUUCACGUGGGGAAACUGAGGCACGGGGAGGUAAUUAAGUCACCUGCCCAAGAUCACAAUGCAGGUAGUGAGCAGGGAGGUGGGAUGUGAACCUAGGCAGCCCAGCUCUGGAAUCAGUGUGGGUUCUCUGGGGAGUUUUACUUUAUCAAACCUGGAAGAGAGCUAAAACUUGACCCUAGUUUCUCAGCUGUAAAAGAAGCUCUUCAAAAAUGUCAAAGUAGCGUGCACGGUGGCAGUGACUCUGAGCUGCAGAAGCAGUGCUGGAUUUUCCAGGCGGAAGAAGUUGAUGAUGAAAUGGUUGAGGGGACUCUGUGUUUUGAAAUGACUGAAGGCGAGAGGAGAAAAACCAAAUUUUGGAUCUCACAGCUGAGUGAGGACUAGGACUCUUGGAAGGUGUUGAAUUCUAGGUCAGUGAUUCACCAGGACAAAGGGCAGUGACUGUUGAAAAUACAAAUUCGGUGUCAAAUAACUCAUGUGAAAUAAAACAAUAUUGAAUGACACUUGUCACUACUCUUCUUUUUUUCAACACUUUUAAACCCCUAGCGAGUGUAAUUUACGAGGAUGGGAGCUGUACGGAAGGCUUCUAGUGCCCCUCUGUCCAUUUGCUUGCGUUGUCCUUAUGAGAAGUCUUGACUCACUAUUUCAACUUGUCUUGGACAAGAGAGCACACUCCUGGGGCCCGGAGGCCUCUUCCAACCAAGUAAUACUUCUUUGGUGGAAAAAAAAACCUAAAAAGGCACUGUUGGUUUGGUGACAAACCUGGAGUGAGGUCACUUUGAAGCCACGUGGACUUGGAUGAGGGCUUGCAAAUGAAAUCCAGCGAGAUGAAGGAAGAUGGUGUUCUCUGAAAGCCCAGCUUUGUGUCCUUUCAGUCGGGAGCUGACAACAUUAUUUUGCGGGUGUUGGGCGCCAACAGAGUACACUGAAUCCACGUGACUCGGCCGUUAGGGGAGCACACACGUCACCACACGCGCUGCCCAGGAAUCAGAGGAGGAGGUGCCCUGGAGUGAGCCUGGGCCACAGCCCUGGGUCGCAGCACUGCGUAGCAGCCCCGCAGGCAUCUUACCUUGGAAAUGGCACAGUUUGGUUUCCAUGUCAUCGCUGAGUUUAGAGAAUCCUAGUUUCACCGUGUCCUCAGUAGAGACCAGAGAACCAGGAGGAGACCUCACAGCUUCCCCGGAUUGGGAGGGAAAAUAUGGAAUGUGUUUUACCGCUGACUGAACACAACCCAAUGAACUGUCCUGACAGUAGUUUGAAAACCAGCAGUUAGCAGUUCGUGCAGCUCCAAACAUCAUCCAGCACUUUCCAGAGCAGACUCACUGUUUACAAGAACUCUCGGCCUCACGACGUUUAGAACCUCAAGCUCGGCUGCUCUCAACUCUUUCUGCAAGAGAAAAGUACCCGGAGCCCCCUUUCCAAAAUGGCCCUAGAUGAGUAUCUGUGGAUGGUCAUCUUGGGUUUUAUCAUAGCUUUUAUCUUGGCGUUUUCCGUGGGAGCCAAUGACGUUGCCAAUUCGUUUGGUACCGCCGUGGGCUCGGGUGUGGUGACCUUGAGGCAGGCCUGCAUCCUGGCUUCGAUCUUUGAAACCACAGGCUCAGUGUUACUGGGGGCCAAAGUCGGAGAGACCAUCCGGAAGGGCAUCAUUGACGUGAACCUGUACAACGACACUGUGGAGACGCUCAUGGCCGGGGAGGUCAGUGCCAUGGUCGGCUCGGCCGUCUGGCAGCUCAUCGCGUCCUUCCUGAGGCUCCCGAUCUCCGGGACGCAUUGCAUCGUUGGGUCCACCAUCGGGUUCUCCCUCGUGGCGAUCGGCACCAAAGGUGUGCAAUGGAUGGAGCUGGUCAAGAUUGUUGCUUCUUGGUUUAUAUCUCCACUGUUGUCUGGUUUCAUGUCUGGCGUGCUGUUUGUACUGAUCCGAAUGUUCAUCUUAAAAAAGGAGGACCCUGUUCCCAACGGCCUCCGGGCGCUUCCCGUGUUCUAUGCCGCUACCAUCGCGAUCAAUGUGUUUUCCAUCAUGUACACCGGAGCCCCAGUGCUGGGCCUGGUCCUCCCCAUGUGGGCCAUCGCGCUCAUCUCCUUCGGGGUCGCGCUGCUGUUCGCCCUCUUCGUGUGGCUCUUUGUGUGUCCGUGGAUGCGGAGGAAAAUUGCAGGCAAAUUACAAAAAGAUGGUGCUUUAUCGCGAGUCUCCGAUGAAAGCCUCAACAAAAUUCAGGAAGCGGAGUCCCCAGUAUUUAAAGAGCUCCCGGGUGCCAAGGUUCACGACGACAGCACCGUCCCCCUCACGGGGUCAGCUGCGGAGCCGUCGGGGGCCUCAGAAAGCACGUCAGGGGGACACCACCCCCGAGUUCCGUAUGGCCGGGCGCUGUCCAUGACACACGGCGCCAAGUCGCCUGUGUCCAACGGGACCUUCGGCUUUGACGGCGCGGCGCGCGGCGACGGCCACGUGUACCACACGGUGCACAAGGACUCGGGGCUCUACAAGGACCUGCUGCACCGCAUCCGCGACGAGCGCCCAGCGCCCGACGGGGCCCCGCGGCUGCUGCGGCGCAACAACAGCUACACGUGCUACACGGCGGCCAUCUGCGGGCUGCCCGGCCUGGCCACGCGCCGCAGCGACGCGCCCGCGCCCGAGGACAGCGAGAAGCUGGUGGCCGACGCCGUGGCCUACUCCCGCCGCCGGCUGCGCUACGACAGCUACUCCAGCUACUGCAACGCUGUGGCCGAGGCCGAGAUCGAGGCCGAGGAGGGCGGCGUGGAGGUGCGGCUGGCCACCCCGCUGGCCGAGCCCGAGCCCCCGCGCGACGACCCGGUGGACGAGGACAAGGAGGAGAAGGACUCGGCCGAGGUCCACCUGCUCUUCCACUUCCUGCAGGUCCUCACCGCCUGCUUCGGCUCCUUCGCGCACGGCGGCAACGACGUGAGUAAUGCCAUUGGUCCCCUGGUAGCGCUGUGGCUGAUCUAUGAACAAGGUGCGGUCCUGCAGGAAGCAGCGACUCCCGUCUGGCUGCUGUUUUACGGAGGGGUUGGAAUUUGCACAGGCCUCUGGGUCUGGGGGAGAAGAGUGAUCCAGACCAUGGGGAAGGACCUCACCCCCAUCACGCCGUCCAGCGGCUUCACCAUCGAGCUGGCCUCGGCGUUCACCGUGGUCAUCGCCUCCAACGUCGGGCUGCCCGUCAGCACCACGCACUGCAAGGUGGGCUCGGUGGUGGCCGUGGGCUGGAUCCGCUCGCGGAAGGCCGUGGACUGGCGCCUCUUCCGGAACAUCUUCGUGGCCUGGUUCGUGACGGUGCCCGUGGCGGGGCUGUUCAGUGCUGCUAUCAUGGCCCUCCUCAUGUACGGGAUCCUUCCGUUCGUGUGAUUGGGGCUCUUCCAGCCGGUAAACAAGGGAUGGUCCGGGGCGCGUGUGUGGGCGACGGGCGCCGCUCUCAGAUGUUCCAAACCACACUGUCCACCUAGGUGUAGAGUCCUCCUCCAGAGCUAACUGAACUACUGUACGUAAUCAUGUGCAUUAAACUGGUAUCGUGGUGAUAUAACAUGGUGCGGUUACUUAUAUAUUAAAUAUGUAUUGUAUACGUAGAAUAAUAGGUAGUAUUAUUUCAGACAUACUCGAGUUGGGAGUGGAGAUACUUGCCUAGAAUUCAAUAUUCAGCAAAUCUUUGUACAUACUGAUUUCAGUGGCAAAUUUUAAGAACCUUUUACAAGGAAAGUGUAGAUUGGAAAAUUGUAUUUUUUCCUGUUUAAUAUACUGUAACAUAAGUGAGAUACAGGAUGAAUGGUACACAUUUGGGAAGGCGUACGUGUGUCAGUGUGCUGUCAAAUACUGGAACAGGAGUUCACAAGUGCUUUCGCUGAAGAAUUUGUUCAUAUACUGUGUAUCGAUUAUGUAAUAUAUCAUAAUUGCUUCUGUAAAUACUUAAAACUGUAAUUUUUUAAUGGUGUGCUUCCCUUAUACUUUUUUGAUCAGAGAAUUUUGGAAAGUACCAAAGAAGCAGGGGAAUAGUUUGCCAGUAUUAUAUUUUCAUACUGUUUGUCUCCCCGCCUCACUAAUCCUACCACAAGCCUGGGAUGUGGCGGGACCGCCAUGCUCUGACCUGCCCUGGAGCAGGGUGUGUGGUGAGGCACCAGCUCCCCCACCAUCCUGUGCACGUCCCGCUUCCGGUCCCCCCCCACCCUCGCCACGGCGGCCCUGUGCGCCAGGUCUUGGCCCUUCGUGUUGUCCGUGUAGAGAAUGUACAGACGCGAGGACGCCUGAUCAAGCACUACAUAUCAAGUCCAGUUUAAAUUCCCGCCCCUCUCGUCCCCUGCAGCCUGAAGAAUGGAACUCUGACCUCAGACACGGAGGCAAGUGCUUUGACAUUCUAGAAAUUCAGGAGUGGGGAGGGCUGAACUAUGAGACAAUACACUGGACUUGAGGAUUUCCUCGAGGCCUUCGCUAAGCGGAGCGUGGUACUGCUCUGCUGUGGUCCCACUGGAGUCUUCUCUUUUGAUAGCGGGAGGAAGUAUGACGAAUGCUAGAGCCUGAAACUGUGGAAAUGCUGCUAAAAUUUUUAUAUUGACAAACAUUUUCUCGGUACUUCAUUGUGAUUUUUCAUUAAUCAACCAUAUUAAAUUUAUAAUAAAAAAUGCCCCUCAAAAAUUUGCCUCUGAAGUCUUUUUCUAAAUACCUAUAUAAUGUUUUUUAUUGCAU